AUGUCGCAAUAUCUUCUUGAAAUAGACAAGGCACAGGCUCACCUGGAAACCUCCAACGAGAAUCUGGAGAAGCAAAGCGCCCAGCUGGAAAACAGGAAGCUUGAGAUAGACGAAGAAGUCAAGAAGCACAUAGAGGAAAAAUCUGUCUGCAAUGAGAAUAUAAAACAUGUCAUGUCUGAGCACAGCAACGCCAUUAUAGGGCUAAAGACUGACUUUGCCAAGUCUUCCUCACUGCUUCAGCAACAGCACAGAGAGUCUGAGCAGGAGCUUCGCGGACUGAUUCACAUCCACCUGGAAGAAGCUAGAGAAAAGCAGGCAAUCCAGGCGGACUUGAUCAAAAAAUUGUUGCUGGAACAGUACAUAGAGAGGAAAGCUAUGUACACACACUAUGACUCCAUUCUUAAAGAGAUAAAACAAAACGCUGACCACCAGUUUUUUACUAUGAUGGUGGAAGAGGUUUGGAAGCUGCAGGAUCCAAUAGACAGCCUACACAAAACACAGAUGAGACAAGUGAAUUCUCUGAUUGAACGUCAGAAAAAUCAAAUUGAUGACCUAGAAAUGACUCAAACUCAAAGGGAAUUCGAGGUAAUGCAAGAGAAAAAGAUGCGGAUUAAGAAAUUAAAGGCCAGGCUUUGUUUUGAGGAACGGAAACUGAACCAGGAGCUUGCAGAAAAAACGAGUCUGCAAGAAAAGCUGAGCAAGCUGGAAAAGAAUUGGGACAAGCUGCAAAGGAUGUCUGAGAUGUGCGGGAGUUACAAGGACAGUUUUCUGGCUUACAAACGUCAGAAGGAGGAGGUCAUGAGUGAACACAGAGAUUUGACAGUUCAGCAGGAGCUGCUGCGGGCGGCGAUUCAGGAGGCGGAGGAGGAACGAGACGCGUUGCAGAGGAAAGAGAAAGAGACCAUCUUGGACUUAGAGCAGAGGAUCAGUCUGAAGAGAACGCUGCAAGAGAGGAAGUUUGCAGUGUUGGCUGAGACUCUGAAGAAAGAGCAGGCCGAAUUGGACGCUGCGCUGUCCGGCAGGGAUCCAGAGACACCCUCAAAACUGAAGGAACUCAUGGAGGUUAAGGACAAAAGGAUCGCCGAACUCCAGGAGGAAAUUACUCAGAAGUCUGCGGAGUACAACAAGAUCCUUCAUGAUAUCAAGGAGAGCUGGAACGACUCCGGCAAACUGCUGAGACCGGAGCUCAAACCUCCAGUCCAGGUUUCAUCUGGGAGAAAAAGCCCACAACGCAAACCAUGCCCAAAAACAAGGGCGUCCAAAUGUGCUCCCAGCACCAGGACAGCCCAGGCCGCAGCCCAACAACCGAGCCUGCUUUUUGUGCCAUUUAAAUUUUUUCCAAGUUUGGUGAUGAUGAUGUCAUCAGAGACAUCACAAUCCGUUCCAAGGCUUAAACAGAGCAGCUAA